AUGCCUGACAUUGCUGUGGAGGAUGCCUCUUUACCCGAUUCUUCUACUGUCCAGGAAGAGGACCUUACUCAUGAUUUUCCAGGUGGACCGACUGAUCCAUCAAUACUGCGGAGUUUCAAUAGUCAUGUCGCUGCAGCUGUUUGGCACGGGGAGUUUGUUGAGAGAUGGCAACCUGAGACGAACACAUUUCACAUGACAGUUGGUGAGAUGACCUUGACCCUGGAUGAUCUUGGCACUAUUCUUGGCCUUUCCAUUGUAGGCAAAUCAAUCAGCGUACCAGAUGUGACAAAUCAUCAUGGAGUUACACUGCUGGUUUAUGGCUUGGGGAUUACUAAACGUGUAGCACAUGAAGAGGUUUCUACUUCUGAUUCAGACCCAAAGGAGACUAUACAGUGCGCUGCUAGAGGUUAUUUGUUGUUUCUGUUCGGAUGUACGCUCUUCAGUGACAAGAGUGACGGCAGGGUUCCUGUUGUUUACCUUGGCUUAUUGAUGGAUUUGGGAUCCAUUCAUACUUACGCCUGGGGUGCUGCUGCAUUAGCAUUUUUAUACAGACAGUUGGGGUACGCUAGUCGAUCCGGUGUUAAGCAGAUGGGUGGUUAUAUGACUCUUUUGGAGGCGUAG